CUAACGCUCUCUCGCUCUACUCUCGUUUAACACACAAUCGGCCAUCGCUUGCAAAAUAAAUAAUAGAAAAGAACACACAGAAGUGAAAUUCAAUUAAAUAAAUAGUAUUUAUUUAUGCAUCAAUCGUUGUGAUUGACAUAUAGCAAAUCGAAAAUAUAUAGCAUACAUGCAAUUUAUUUGCAGUGGUGUGGCGUGGCGCAGCUGGAGGCUUAAAUAGGGCAGCGGCGUGGCGAGGCAGGGCGACGGGAGGCGAGUGUAAAGAAGCAAUUUGUGGAUUUGGAGCACGCAGGCUGUUUGGUGAAAUUUCUGUUGUUGUUGCAGCGCCACCUCCUGCCCACAGCGCGCACACACACAUACACACGCAUACAUCGCAUACAAAUACAAGAUGCUGUGUAUACAAUAUUAGCGAGGAGGAAAAUUUAUGCUUUUGUAAACUAAACAAAAGCUGUGAAAGAAACGAAACAUCAAGCGGAAAGUGGAAGCUGGUGAAUGCAAAGUUUAGAAUUCUUCAGUCGGCAAACAGCGCAUGCAAUGGCAACAAGUCAAGAGCAGCAACGGCAGCAAGUUGCAUCAGCCACAGCCGCAACUACAACAUCAGCAACAACAUCUCCCCUACUAAGACAACGACAGGCAAAUGGCGGUAACAGUCACGAGACGGCUUUAAAUGGCAAAGCAGCAACAACAAUUAACGACUACAAUUCCGGUACUUUUAUGAAGCUGAAAACCUAUUUGCUGGCGCUGCGUCCUUGGUCACUGUCCGCCAGCUUGGUGCCCACAUUGCUGGGCUCUGCGUUGGCUUACCGCUCGCAGUGGUCAGCGGACUUUUCGCUGGUCACGUUCUUUCUCACCGCAUUCACAGUGGUCACCGUGCACUGUGCUGGGAAUGUGGUCAAUACUUACUUUGAUUUCAUCAAAGGCAUCGACAAACAAAAGGCUGACGAUCGCACACUGGUCGAUCACAUACUCACAAAGGAUGAGGUGGUUUCACUUGGCGCUAUUUUAUAUUUGGCUGGCUGCGGUGGCUUUGUGCUUCUUGCCGUACUAAGUCCAGCUAAAAUGGAACAUUUGGCUUUAAUUUAUUUUGGCGGUCUAUCAUCGAGCUUCCUUUACACCGGCGGCAUUGGUUUCAAGUACAUUGCACUCGGAGAUCUGGUGAUUUUGGUGCUUUUUGGUCCCAUUUCGGUGCUGUUUGCUUUCAUGUCGCAAACAGGUCAUGUGGACUGGACUACGAUGGGCUAUGCAAUUCCACUCGCUCUCAACACGGAGGCAAUACUGCAUAGCAAUAAUACACGCGAUGCGGAAAGUGAUGGCAAGGCGGGCAUUGUGACGCUGGCCAUACUCAUUGGGCGCACUGCAUCGCAUGUGCUGUAUGCCAUGUUGCUAUUCACACCUUACUCACUGUUCUUCAUCUUUGGACUGAAGUAUUCGCUUUGGUUCCUGCUGCCGUUGAUAACGCUGCCGCAGGCAUUUCAAAUCGAGAAACGUUUCCGGGAUGAGCAGACGAUGCAUGUGGUGCCCAAGCAGACGGCGAAGCUGAACUUUUUCUUUGGCAUCCUCUACAUCAUUGCCUGCUGUUGUGCCCAACAGUUGCCGACGUUUGUUUGGCGCAAGCAUUAAAUGCAACAUUUUGGUGUGGAGAUGGCAACGUCUUUGAAACAGUUUUUGCAACAGUUUUAGGGAAUUUCAUUAGUUGUAAAUGUCUUGUUUUAUUUUUUUAAUUUGACUUUAGUGAAUUGUUUUGUAUGAAAUUUGUAAUUGUAUUUGCCUCAAGUUUGCAGUUGCACAAAAUGUUAAAAUGCUUUGCUAGUCUCCUAGUCUCUAAAACUAUCACUACAACUACAACUAAUACAAAAAGCUACAGCUAAA